AAAUUGGAGCGGGUUCGACGAGGGCUAGCUAGAUUCGUUCCUCGCUAAAUGAAGAACCAGGCCUGGCCUGUAGGGGGCAUCAUUGUUCCGGCAGGCGCGUGAAGAACCCGAGCCUGAAAACCAGCAGCCGAACUGAACCGAGCGCAGCUGUGUGGCCGGCAGGCGCGGGAAAGGAACCAUGGCAGCCGCGGCAGUGGCCGAGUUUCAGAGAGCGCAGUCUCUUCUUGGAACGGAUCGCAGCGCCUCCAUCGAUAUCUUACAUUCCAUAGUCAAGAGAGACAUUCAGGACAGUGAUGAGGAGGCUGUGCGGGUUAAAGAGCAGAGCAUCCUGGAGCUGGGCGGACUGCUGGCCAAGACAGGACAGGCUGAAGAGCUUGGCGGUCUCUUGACCUAUGUGCGGCCAUUCCUCAACUCCAUCUCGAAGGCCAAAGCAGCCCGACUGGUGCGCUCCCUGCUCGACCUCUUUCUGGAUAUGGAGGCCGCCACUGGUCAGGAAGUCGAGCUCUGCCUGGAGUGCAUCGAAUGGGCCAAGACUGAGAAGCGGACCUUCCUCAGACAGGCCCUGGAGGCUCGACUUAUCUCGUUAUAUUUCGACACAAAGUGUUACCUGGAGGCCCUACAACUUGGAUCGCAGCUACUGCAGGAACUGAAGAAGAUGGAUGACAAAGCCCUGCUGGUGGAGGUGCAGCUGCUGGAGAGUAAAACCUAUCACGCCCUGAGUAACCUGCCCAAAGCUCGCGCUGCCCUCACGUCAGCCAGGACAACGGCCAACGCCAUCUACUGCCCGCCAAAAUUACAAGCGGCUUUAGACAUGCAAUCGGGAAUUAUUCAUGCAGCAGAGGAGAAAGACUGGAAGACGGCUUACUCGUACUUCUAUGAAGCCUUUGAGGGCUACGACGCCAUCGACAGUCCUCGAGCCGUCACAGCGCUCAAAUAUAUGCUGCUCUGCAAAAUCAUGCUCAACGCACCAGAAGAUGUCCAGGCCCUCAUAAGUGGCAAGCUGGUUGUGCGCUACGCUGGAAGACAGACGGAUUCUCUGAAAUGUGUAGCGCAGGCCAGCAAGAAUCGGUCGCUAGCCGACUUUGAAAAGGCCCUGACCGAGUAUCAAGCAGAACUGCGGGAGGAUCCCAUCAUCCGAACGCAUCUGACCAAACUCUACGACAACCUGCUUGAGCAGAACCUCAUCAGGGUCAUUGAGCCUUUCUCCAGGGUCCAAAUGGCACACAUUUCCUCCAUCAUCAAACUGUCGAAGGUUGAUGUCGAGAGGAAAUUAUCACAAAUGAUUCUGGACCAAAAGUUUCACGGGAUUUUAGACCAAGGUGAAGGCGUGCUCAUUGUCUUUGAUGAACCCGCGGUGGACAAGACGUACGAAGCGGCCCUGGAGACCAUUCAAAACAUGAGCAAGGUGGUGGACUCGCUUUACAACAAAGCCAAGAAGCUCACAUAAGAGAGAGUCAAACCGGCAGUCUUCCGGUGCCGAAGGUCGCGGGCCAGCGAUGCCUCUCUCUUCAACCUCUGGAUGGAUACGGGGGGAGGGGUAACAAAACUUUCAAAACACUUGAUGAACCUCCAGCAGAGACUGAUGGGACGGACACACCGCUCCUUAUUUUCCUCCCGCAGCAAUCUGCUCUGCCUUCUUCCCAUUUCUGUCGCUUGGUUCCGAUCUUGGGGGUGGGAUGCGACGCCGUGAGCUCCUCCCGCCGGAAAA